CGAGUUGUAAGUUGUAAAAUACAUAAAAGAUGUCCCUCCUUACAAAGACUUACGGUUUACUUAUUACCUUAGUUCUUUGCGCUUUUGUGUUGACAGCUGAUACGUUUACAGAGUAUUUUGGGAUGAACAUUAAGGAUACCUUACAUGUUAGAUUAUUCACAGGUGUGUCGGAAGUGCAAUGUUCGUAUUCAUGCUUCGCAAACGAAGGCUGUUGUGCUUCGGGUUAUAACAAAGUUUUGAUGGAGUGCAGAAUGGACCUAUCUUAUAACUGUUGUCCUCCAAAUGAAACAAAUCUACACUGGAAUACUCUGUACAGAGAUAAUUUUCCUCCACCAAAAGAUUGCGGUGACAUAAAAGGUUUAAGUGGAGUGUACACCAUCAACCCUGAUAGAGAUAGUUGUGGUUUUAGUGUCUACUGUGACAUGACUACAGAUGGCGGAGGUUGGACAGUAUUCCAGAAUAGAAUAAAUGGUAACGUAGACUUUUAUAGAAUAUGGGAGGAGUUUGAAUUAGGAUUUGGUGACAUUGAGACUGAAUUCUGGCUAGGAAAUGCAAAAGUGCAUCAACUUACAUCCAGCAAUGCAUACACCCUUAGGGUUGUUUUAGAAGAUUUUGAUAACGAGACACGUUAUGCAGAAUACCAAUCCUUUGUCAUAGGGAGUGCGCCAUCUAAAUACGCAAUAACUGUCAGUGGUUAUAGUGGCGACGCAGGUAAAUAUGCAAUAUCAAUCAGUGAUUAUAGUGGCGAUGCAGGAGACAGUCUUUCUUACUCAAAUGGUAUGAAAUUUACAACUUCUGAUCAGAAAAACAACCCCUACACUGGGUACGGAAACUGUGCUACAUAUUUCCAUGGUGCUUGGUGGCAUAAGACUUGUCACCAUAGCAAUCUGAAUGGCGGAUAUUUGGCAGGAGAUCACGCAUCGUUCGCAGAUGGAAUGAAUUGGUACACAUGGCGGGGUUUGCAAUACUCUUACAAGUCGACCAGAAUGAUGAUACGAAGACAGUAG